AUAGUGGCGACUUCAAGGAAUGCCUUAGAAAGGAUGUCAAAGGAAUGUUGAGUUUAUAUGAAGCUCCUUAUCUUGCUUUUGAAGGAGAAAACAUCUUGGAAGAGGCCAGGGCAUUCACAAGAAUGCAUCUCAAGGACCUUAAAGGAGAUGUGAGCAAAAGCAUGGUAGAACAAGUUAGUCAUGCUUUGGAGGUUCCAUUGCACCGUAGAAUGCUAAGGCUAGAAGCUCGGUGGUAUAUUGAGGCAUACAAUAAGAGAGAAUGUGCAAAUUCUCUUAUACUUGAACUUGCAAAGUUGGAUUUUAACAUAGUACAGUCAGUGUUUCAAAGAGAACUUCAAGAUAUGUCAAGGUGGUGGGAAGAAAUGGGUUUGGCAAACAACUUGAGCUUCACUAGAGAUAGACUGAAGGAAUGCUUCUUUUGGACAGUUGGAAUAGCCUUCGGACCUCAAUUAAGUAAUCUUCGUCAGGGGUUAACAAAAGUGGCUGCUCUUGUAACCACCAUUGAUGAUGUCUAUGAUAUUUAUGGUACCUUGGAUGAACUAGAGCUGUUCACAGAUGCUGUUGAAAGAUGGGAUGUCAAUGCCGUGAAAAAUCUUCCUCACCAUAUGAAGUUAUGCUUCUUAGCUCUCUACAACACUGUUAAUGAGAUGGUAUAUGACACUCUUAAGGAGAAAGGAGAAAACAUCCUUCCAUACCUAACAAAAGCGUGGGCUGAUCUGUGCAAAGCAUUCCUACAAGAAGCAAACUGGUGUUACAACAAAGAUAUGCCAAUCUUCAAGGACUAUCUUGACAAUGGUUGGGUAUCCGUUUCGGCGGUCUUCCUUGUUCAUGCUUAUUUUUUCUUGAAUCAAAAGUUCACAAAGCAAGCACUUGAGGGCUUAGAAAAAUACCACGACCUUUUGCGUUGGCCAUCAAUUAUUUUUCGACUUUGCAAUGAUUUGAGUACUUCGGCGGGAGAGUUAAAGAGAGGUGAAAUUGUUAAUUCAAUCCAUUGCUACAUGCCUGAAACUGGUGUUUCUGAGGAAGUUGCUAAGAAACACAUCCGUAACAUGAUUGAUAGGAUUUGGAAAAAGAUGAAUGAAGAGCGAGUAGCUGAUUCUCCAUUUGGAGAAGGUUUAGUGGUAACAGCAAUCAACCUUGCUUGGAUUGCCCAAUGCACGUACCAAUACGGCGAUGGGCACGGAGCCCCAGACAUUAAAGCAAAAAAUCGAAUCGUGUUAGUGAUAAUAGAGCCUGUUUAAUUCAA